GUUUGGAUUCCCAGGCUUCUAAUCCAUAUGAAGUCCUGGUAAGUGCUCGUUUGUGGCAUGCAUCGUAAAAAACAUUUUCAUUGACUAAACCUUCAUAUAAAUUCGAAUUACUAGUCAGAGUAUAAACAUAGCCCAUCAACUUGAACUCGAAUAACAAAAACUUCUGCCCCUCAAGUGUCUAUAUUUCAUCCAAAAGAGGUUUUGAUGAUGACGUGACAAAGUUUAGCACAUGUGGCAGUCCAUGUACCAUAAAAAAAUUUAAAUAGAGGGGGAGGGGGUUGUUAAAUAUUCCAUUAAAAAGCUUAAGAUUGUAGGAAUUCUGAAAACUAGUACACAUAACAGUCUGAAAAAAUAAUCUAGGAUGCCUUAUAGUUAGUAAAUCUGGAAAACCAUGGAAUUUGUAAAGUCACUACUACACUAAAUUUUUUUCUAAGUUUUUCAAAGAAACAACCUAUUUUAUCCAUUUAUCUUCAAAUUACUAAACUUAAAAUAAAUAACUCAUUUUUCAUUUUUUUUAUUUUCUCCCUUUUUCUAUCGACUUUGUUGCAACUCAUGGAAAGCUGCCUUUAUGUUACGCUGAAACCACUUUCAGUGUGCCAAAAUAUCAAAUCGGAUAUUUUUGUCAGUUGAUGGACCAAAAAUCUUUGGUAUAAAAGUUCAAAGACUAUGCUUAAACUUUAGUGGUAGUCAAGUCAACAGGCAAAGAUACGUCUUUUCUCCAUGGGGAUUUUUUUAGAGUGAUUCUCAUUGGGAAAUGUGAUGGUGACCUUGAAAGACAUAAUAAUUCUAGAUAACUACCGGGCCGGGGUCCAGUGGGUCUGAAAGGACCCAUGACUUUUUCAGCUCAGCCCAGCCCUCUCGCGUAUAGUUUUCAGCCCAUCUGGUUAUCCCUUCAAUCCAUCGUUCCAUUCCAGCAUUCCACCACCAAAAUGUCGCCCCCUAAAAAAAACCCACCAAAAUGUCGUUCGCUCAAAAAAAAAAAAAAAACGCCGGCGAGAUUAGCCGGGAAUCGGCGCCGGCGCGCUCCGGCUCUCUUCCAUGGCGCAGUGGGCUUGCCUCCCCGCCCGCCGCAACGGCGAGUCCGUCGCUGCUGCUCAGAUUUUAAGCUUCAAAGACAGUAGAGUGCUCCCAGUGCGCCACCGGAGGGACUUCAGGAAAAAUAGCUUGACCGGCCCUUUGCCAGCGUUCAUCGGAGAACUGACUGCGCUGAAGUACAUAACCGUGGGCACCAAUGCAUUAUCCGGACCUGUCCCAAAGGAGCUUUGGAAUCUUACAGAUCUCGUAUCACUUGCAUUGGGCUCAAACCAUUUUAACGGCUCACUUCCAGAUGAGCUGGGAAAAUUGACAAAGCUUCAGCAGCUGUACAUUGAUAGUAAUGACUUCACUGGUUCUCUACCAGCGGCGCUGUCCCAGCUUACAAACCUUUCAACCUUGUGGGCAUCAGACAAUAGUUUCACCGGGCAGAUACCUGAUUUUCUUGGGAGUUUGACCAACAUGACCCAACUGAGGCUCCAAGGGAACUCUUUUCAAGGACCGAUUCCCAGAAGUCUUUCUAAUCUUAUCAAGUUGACAAGCCUGAGAAUAGGCGAUAUUGUAAAUGGAAGCUCUUCAAUGGCGUUUGUCGGAAACAUGAAAUCUUUGGGUGAACUAGUAUUGAGGAACGGCAAGAUAUCUGACACACUUGCAUCAGUAGACUUCUCCAAAUUUGUAAAUCUGACUUUACUGGAUUUGAGUUUUAACAAUAUCACAGGCCAAAUGCCUCGGUCAAUCUUUGAUCUUCCUAUGCUUAGUUAUCUAUUUCUUGGCAAUAAUAGCCUUUCGGGAAGUCUACCAGCCACGAAAUCUCCGCUACUCGCCAAUUUAGAUUUUUCAUACAACCACCUCUCAGGAAGCUUUCCUUCUUGGGUUACCCAGAAAAACCUACAAUUGAAUUUGGUGGCAAAUGACUUUGUGAUCGAUAGCUCCAAUAACAGUGUUUUGCCGUUUGGGUUGAAUUGUCUUCAGCGAAAUACCCCCUGUUCUCUUGGCUCUCCGCACUCUUCCUCCUUAGCGGUGGACUGUGGUGGUAGUAGAACCAUAUCAGGCUCAGACAAUGCCAUGUAUCAGGCUGAUAAUGCCAAUCUUGGUGCUGCAUCAUAUUAUGUUGGGGGUGCACCUAUCUGGGGUGUUAGCAGUAGUGGAAGAUUCAUGGACCCACCCAAUGGAAGUUACAUAAUCUACAGUUCACGCCAAUUUCAGAACACACUAGAUUCUGGACUGUUCCAAACAGCAAGGAUGUCACCAUCGUCUUUGAGAUACUAUGGCCUUGGACUCGAGAAUGGAAACUAUACAGUGACACUUCAGUUUGCAGAGUUUGACUCCCCUGAUCCACAGGCUUGGAAAAGCAGAGCGAGAAGAGUUUUUGAUAUCUAUCUCCAGGGAGAGCGCAGGGAGCAGAACUUCGACAUAAGAAAGGCUGCAGGAGGGAAAUCUUUCGUUGUUGUAAAGAAGCAGUAUGUUGUUCCUGUGGUAAAAAACUUCCUUGAGAUUCAUCUCUUCUGGGCUGGCAAGGGUACUUGCUGCAUUCCUACUCAAGGCUACUAUGGGCCUGCAAUAUCGGCUUUGAGCGCAACCCCAAAUUUCAUCCCUACUGUGCAUUACUCUGUGGACAGCAAGAGCAGCAAUAAAACUGGUGUGAUUGUUGGAGUCGUAAUUGGUGUUGCUGUUUGUUUGCUGGCUGCUCUUGCUGGAGUCUUUGUAUGGAGGCAGAAAAGGAAAAAAAUGUUAUUGGAGUUAGAAGAGCUGUACACUAUAGUUGGAAAACCAAAUGUAUUCAGUUAUAGUGAGCUAAGAUCAGCCACAGAAAAUUUUGAUUCCAGUAACCUACUUGGUGCAGGAGGAUAUGGAUCGGUUUACAAGGGUAAGUUAAGUGAUGGAAGAGUGGUGGCAGUGAAGCAGCUCUCUGAAUCAUCUAAUCAGGGGAAAGUUCAAUUUGCUACAGAAAUAGAGACUAUAUCAAGGGUGCAACACCGUAAUCUCGUGAAGUUGUAUGGCUGCUGCCUCGAGAGCAAGACACCACUGUUGGUUUAUGAGUGCCUGGAGAAUGGAAGCCUUGAUCACGCACUGUUUGCAAAGGGAGGCUUGAACCUAGACUGGCCAAGACGAUUCGAGAUAUGCUUAGGCAUAGCAAGAGGUAUAGCUUAUCUUCACGAGGAGUCGAGCGUCCGCAUUGUGCACAGGGACAUUAAGGCCAGCAAUGUCUUGCUAGAUGCCGAUCUCAACCCAAAGAUCUCGGAUUUCGGGCUUGCCAAGCUUUAUGAUGACAAGAAGACUCAUGUGAGCACAAAAGUUGCAGGCACAUUUGGUUACCUUGCACCUGAGUACGCCAUGAGAGGUCACAUGACUGAGAAGAUUGAUGUUUUUGCAUUCGGCGUGGUAGCGCUGGAGAUUGUUGCUGGUGAAUCAAACCAUCACACCACGCUUGAAGAGGAGACAACUUAUAUAUUUGAAAAGGUGUGGGAUCUUUACGAGAACGGCAACCCCCUGGACUUCGUGGACCCCAAGCUCUCGAAGUUCAAUAGUGAGGAGGUGCUCCGGGUGAUCCGCGUCGCGCUCAUCUGCACCCAGGGAUCGCCCCACCGUCGGCCGUCCAUGUCAAGGGUGGUGUCGAUGCUCACGGGAGACGCCGACUUGGCCGGGGAGGAGGUGAUCAAGCCGAGCUACAUCACGGAGUGGCAGGUCAAGGCCGGGAGCAGCAGCAGCUACACGGGCACGAGCAGCCAGGCCGGCCUGUCGUCAUCGUCGACCACGCAGCAGUCUUCCGGCGGCGGCCAUGCUGCGGGUGGGGAUGCCACGCCGGCGACCGGAAACCCGUCGCCGAUGUUCACCUCCAUCAUCGACGAGGGCAGGUGAGGUGCGUGCACGCGCCAAGGUGUUUGUUACGUAGUUGUCAUUGUCAGGUGGUAGUAUGGGCGAAGGAGAGUAUUUUUAUUUUCUUCUGCCGCGAAUGCUAAAUUAUUUUCCUGCUGUAUGAAUGCAAUAGCUUCCCAGAUACUCCCUCCGUUCGGAAUUACUUGUCUCGGAAAUGGAUGUAUCUAGAACUAAAAUACGUCUAAAUACAUCCAUUUUCACGACAAGUAAUUCCGAACGGAGGGAGUAUAUGUAAGCAGAAGAUCUCCUUGCACAUGCUCUACAUGUACAGCACAGGACAAUGGGCCCCAUUGUCAUUGACUUUGCAGUGAUACUAUGCACGGGGUGUCUUAAUUA